GAGAGUACAAAAAAUCUAAUGAAUUCUGGCUUCAGCCUUAACUUUUCCUUUCUUGAGCUCGUCUCUGUGGUUUUUUUCUUUCAUUUCAUUUUCUGUUCUCUUCUCUUUUUGUCCCUCAUUAGUUAGUUAGUCACACACAAAAAUCAAUUAAUUCGUUUUACAUUUUUUUUGUUUACAUCCACAACCUUAAUAAAUUAGUUGGAGAUGUUUUCUUAAGUUUCACACAUGCAUUCGCCUGAAGCAUUUACACUCGUUUAAAACCAUUUGUUGAUAAAAAUAAAAAUAAAGAAGAAGAAUAAGAAAGAAGAAGAAGAAGAACCCCGUGUGAUUCAGGACAAUGACUAAAAAACCGAACGAGACUAUGAGAUUGUUUUUCACUGUCAUUGCCGGGCUCAUGUUUGGAUUCAUGAUGGGAACAUCAUUUCCAAAGCUCCCACUAACAAAGCUAAACAUCACAUCAGCUUUAAUUCGGGAUUUUAACCCAACAAUCGGGAACAAUAGUAUGGCGAAUGCUACCCAAAACAGCAACAAAAAUCCCAUCCUGAAGGACUUAUCAAAGAUUUGGGUCCCCUCAAAUCCGAAAGGUGCAGAAAUGUUGCCACCAGACAUUGUAGCAUCUGAAUCGGACUUCUAUCUCCGAAGACUAUGGGGAAAGCCUACUGAGGACUUGACUGUGAAGCCAAAAUACUUGGUAACCUUCACAGUUGGUUAUGAUCAAAGGAAUAACAUCGACAAAGCUGUGAAAAAGUUCUCGGAGAACUUUACCAUCCUUUUGUUUCAUUAUGAUGGAAGAACAACUGAAUGGGAUCAGUUUACAUGGUCCAAACGGGCUAUUCAUGUUAGCGCGAGCAAACAAACAAAAUGGUGGUACGCGAAAAGAUUUCUGCAUCCAGAUAUUGUUGCCCCGUAUGACUACAUAUUCAUAUGGGACGAAGAUCUUGGGGUCGAGCAUUUUGAUGCGGAAGAAUACAUUAAACUCGUGAAGAAGUAUGGAUUAGAAAUUUCACAGCCUGGUUUGGGAGAGGACAAGGGAACAACUUGGCAGAUGACGAAAAGAAGAGGUGGCCAAGAUGUUCACAAGGAAACAGAAGAGAAGCCAGGCUGGUGCUCCGAUCCCCAUUUGCCUCCGUGUGCAGCGUUUGUGGAAAUUAUGGCUCCCGUCUUUUCUCGAAAUGCAUGGCGCUGUGUGUGGUAUAUGAUUCAGAAUGAUCUGGUCCAUGGAUGGGGUCUCGACUUAGCCCUCCAAAGAUGUGUUGAGCCUGCUCAUGAAAAAAUUGGAGUUGUAGAUGCUCAGUGGAUUGUGCAUCAGUCUCUUCCUUCAUUGGGUGGCCAGGUGAGGCAGAGGUGUCGCGCAGAGUGGGAUAUGUUCAAGGUCCGAAUGGCGAAUGCCGAAAAAUCUUAUUACACGUCCGUUGGAAUCGAUCCCUCCAAUGUCACAGCUCAUACAUAGAGGUAGGAUGAAAUAUCAUAGCAUAACCACCACAGUUAUUUUUUGAAUAUAGAAUCUCAAAUAAAAUUUAGGUUUAGUAUCGAUAGACGAUAAAUUUUCUCAGACAAUUAUACAUGUUAUCAAAUAUUUAUAAUGAGGAUCACAGGCAAUGUCACAAAUUUUUUUACCUCUCUGGUUCGUGGUGCUUUGAGCAUUGCUAGUUUGCAGUUAUCCUUUUACUAAUUUAUUAGAUACAUCAUGGAUUGGGACUUAAAAAAUUGUAAAGAAUUUUCUCUUUAUAUUGAUUUUUCAAUUAUGUUUGCAGUUUAAA